ACGGGAAUUCAAAAUAGAAAAGUUCAUUUCAUCUCUUCAGAGCAGUUGCACGUACGCAGAAACCAAACGACAAAAUUAAAACACCAAGCUAAAAUCUGGUUUUCGUGCAUUAUUUAACUACAAAAAUUCUCCGUAACUAUUCUUCGAUUAAGCGUCACUUUUUAAAAACGUCCGCUCGCAAUGGCGGCUAGAUUUCAAAUGACCGCCAUCUUGUUUUUGUCUAUAAUAUCAAUAGUUUUUGUGAACGGCUGUGAUAUUGACGAUGUGGCAAUAUAUAAAGUGAAAGUGCAGUUUUUGUGGAGUGAAGAGAGAUUCCCGAAGGACUAUCCGACGAAUCGUCCUAAAGCACAGUGGUCUCCUAUAUUCGGGCAAUCACAUAACAACUCCUACGCGCUGUAUCGUUUGAAAGAAGUGGCUAGACCUUCGAUCCGCGACUUCGCCCAGUACGGCAAGAUAGACGACCUUGUGAAGGAAGGCGAAGAGGAGCCGAAGGUCUACGACCAGUUUUCCGCUCGAGCAGUCGGCUUUGGUGUCGGUGAGACCAACAACGUAGUCCUGGUAGAUGGAGGCCAUAGUUUUGUGUCCCUAAUCUGUCGCAUAAUACCAUCGCCAGAUUGGUUUAUCGGUGUAGACAGUGUAGACAUGUGUGUCGACUCCACUUGGAUAGAACAAAUCACAUUAGACCUACAUCCUCUAGAUGCAGGCGCGGCGAGCGGACUUACAUUCACGGCUCCACGAUGGGAGACUUCACCACCAGAACCUGUGACCAGGCACGAGCCAAGAGUUCCUAAUCACCCUGCAGCGGGCUUCUAUUAUCCUGAACUUAAAGAACUGCCAGCUAUCGGCAAAGUAGAAUUUACGAAGAUGAACGAGUAUUCAACAAAGGAAUUAAACGAACUCGUCAAAAAGGACUUAUUGUCUAAACUGAAACAGAAAGACAUUUACAAAGGAUAUCCUAAAAGUCGGCUUGUCGAUGACGCUUUAAAUAAUAAAGAUGAAUCGACGACAAAGAGAGAAAUGGAUCGACUCAAAAAUCUAGAAGAACAGCCUUUGGGAACUCCGAAACCUAAUUUGCCGGAAAAUAAUGUCGUUAUUGUAACGCAAAGUACAACAACAACAACAGAAAACGAAUUCGGCGAUGAUCUUAGAAACAUGGAUGACGUUGUGUUAGCAGUGGCUAACGGGCGCAAACUGGGCUUGAAGAAACAUCUACCGAGACAUUUCAGAUCACGGUUACAUCACGCUGUCAACAGGAUUCAACCUAAUGACUGUUUGGUUUCGGACUGGAGUGAGUGGACUCCAUGUUCGGUGACUUGCGGUUUCGGAGACAAGUUUCGGUCCAGAACCAUCCUGAGAAACAAGAAGGACGACGGCCGAGAAUGUCCCAUUCUAGAGGAUAGGACACACUGUGGAAAUAUUAACUCUUGUGUGAAAAUUGACUAUUUUGAUUGGUAAAUUUUAUGAAAUUAUAAUAUAAUUUAUAUAGCGUUUUAUAAAUAAAAAAUUUUGACUUUA